GGAACGUAAUGGCGAUAGACUUUGAGAAGAAAAUUUGGAAGUAGAGACGCGAACUGCAGCUGCGUUGGGAAAAGCCGCUUCUUUUUCUCUUUGGGAGGAGACACGUUGCGGGCUUUGCAGCCCAACCCAAAAGGCUAAAAUGCUGGCCUUUCACCGAAAGUGAGCCCAAAAAAAAAAUGCAGCAGCGAAACAAUGCCGACUCCCAUCGGUGCGCACCGCGCGCCCCCGGCUACCUCCGCACCGCCGCCGCGCUCGCCGCCGUCGUCCAGAGCCUCCUCGACGAGCCCCGGCCCCGGCCGCGGCCCGGGUCCCAGACCCUCCACGCGCAGCUACUCGAGUCCGGCCUCCGCCCCACCGACGACCUCUCCGUCAAGCUCCUCCUCCUCCACCUCCGAUGCGGCUCCCACCACAACGCGCGCGCGGUGUUCGACGGAAUGCCGGCGCCGACCCACGCCGCGCACAACUACCUCGCCGCGGGGUACUCCCGCCUGGGCCUCCCCGAGGAGGCGCUCGGGAUCGUGAGGCGGCUGGCGAGGUGCACGGGGAGGCUGAACGUGUUCGUGCUGUCGAUGGCGCUCAAGCUGUCCGCGGCGCUGGCGCUGCCCCGCGCGGUGAGGGAGGUCCACGCCCGCGUGGUGAGGUCGGUCGUCGAGUCCGAUGACGUCCUCUUCGCGGCGCUGGUGGACGCCUACGUGAAGAACGCGUCGCUUCGGUACGCGCGGCGGGUGUUCGACGUAAUGCCGGUGCGGACCGUGGUGUCCUCGACGGCGUUGAUCGUCGGGUGUAUGAACGAAGGGCUGUACGAGGACGCUGAAGAGAUAUUCAACACGAUGGACGAGAAGGACGUCGUGGUGUACAACGCCAUGGUCGAAGGCUACAGCAAGACGGAGGAGACGGCAGAGAGCUCGAUGGAGGUGUUCAAGUCGAUGCAUCGGGCGAGGUUCCGGCCGACCGUGUCGACGUUCGUGAGCGUUCUCGGCGCGUGCUCGCUCCUGUCCUCACCGGAGAUCGGCGAGCAGGUGCACUGCCAGGUGAUCAAGAGCAGCCUCUCCUCCGACAUCAAGGCCGGGAGCGCGCUGCUCGACAUGUACUCCAAGUGCGGCCGUGUCGACGACGGCCGGAGGAUCUUCGACCGGAUGGCGGAGCGGAACGUCAUCACAUGGACCUCGAUGAUCGACGGGUACGGCAAGAACGGCCUCUCCGACGAGGCUCUCCAGCUGUUCGAGCAGAUGCUGCGGCGGCACGACGACGCCAUCCGGCCGAACCACGCCACGUUCCUGAGCGCCCUGUCGGCGUGCGCGCGCGCCGGGCUGCUGUCCCGGGGCCAGGAGGUGUUCCAGAGCAUGGAGCGCGAGCACGCGCUGAGGCCGCGGAUGGAGCACUACGCGUGCAUGGUGGACCUGCUCGGCAGGUUCGGCAGCGUCCGCCGCGCCCACGACUUCAUCAGGGGGAUGCCGGCGAGGCCCAGCUCCGACGUGUGGGCGGCGCUGCUCGGGGCGGCCACGCUGCACGGGGACGUGGAGACGGCCGGCCUCGCCGCGAGGGAGGUGUUCGAGCUCAGCCGCGCCGCCGGGAGGCAAAGGCCCGGCGCCUACAUGGCGAUGUCGAACACGCUCGCGGCGGCCGGGAAAUGGGACGGCGUGCGUCAGGUCCGGGAGAUGAUGCGGCGGCGAGGGGUACUGAAAGACGCUGCCUGCAGCUGGGUUGGCUCCGAGUGAAAGUUCUCCAUCCUUUUGGAUGGUGUAAUCAUGUACAUUAGCUAAAACAUUCUAUAAAUUUUAUUGUCUAGUCUUCUUCCUGCAAGCAAGCAAUGGCCUGCUCGUAUGUAAUAUUUUGAGCAGGUCGUAUUCA